CGUUGUUCCUCAUUGAAAACAAUCGUGUUAGUAAGUGUGCCGCUACGGUGGAUUAAGGCUGUGGGUUUCGUCUCGGUAAUGCCCUGUCGGUAAGACGUGGACUAAGAACGUCUGGAAGGAUGGAGGACGACUGGAAGCCGCUCCUGAGCUCCACGGGGACAGGAGAUGGCUGCAAAGAUAAGGGUGUCAUCGACUCGCUGGACUCAAAGUCAAAAAGGCCAUUUCACGUGGAACCGCGGAAUAUCGUCGAGGACGAUGUCCAGGAGAGGGUCUCUGCGGAGGCUGCUGUGAUGAGCAGCAGAGUGAGCUACUACAGCCGGCUCACCGGCUCGUCUGACCGACUGCUGGUUCCUCCAGAUCAUGUGAUCCCUGCUCCAGAAGAAAUCUAUGUGUACAGCCCUUUGGGAUCGGCGUUCAAAGUGCAUGGGGGUGAUGGUUCAGCCAAAAACCCCAGCAUUGUGACCAUCUUUGCAAUAUGGAACACCAUGAUGGGAACGUCAAUACUGAGUAUACCAUGGGGCAUAAAACAGGCUGGUUUCACUUUUGGCAUCCUUAUUCUUGUUUCUGUGGGCUUGUUAACCCUGUACUGCUGUUACAGAGUGCUAAAAUCGCCCAAGUCAAUACCGUAUGUUGACACCUCAGACUGGGAGUUCCCUGAUGUGUGCAAAUAUUACUUUGGAGCUCUUGGCCAGUGGUCGAGUCUUAUAUUUUCCUUGGUGUCCCUGAUCGGUGCGAUGGUCAUCUACUGGGUGCUCAUGUCGAACUUCCUCUUCAAUACCGGGAAGUUUGUAUACAACUAUGCUCACAAUGUCAGUAUGGCCGACAACGAAUAUGGAACAAACGGCACUGAUAGAGUGGUGUGCCCUUUCCCGGACACCCACCGCAACAGGAACGACACCAUGUACGUGUUCCACCUGGGUGACAAUGGCACAGGGACAGAGGUGUUUGAUCGCUGGUGGAGUAAAACCAGCACCAUCCCCUUCUACCUCAUCAUUCUGCUCCUGCCGCUGCUCAACUUCCGCUCUGCCUCUUUUUUCGCCAGAUUCACCUUCCUAGGCACAAUAUCCGUGAUCUACCUGAUUUUCCUGGUGACGCUUAAAGCUUUUCAGCUGGGAUUUCACCUUGAAUUUCACUGGUUUCACUCCACAGAGUUUUUUGUUCCAGAGUUCAGGUUGUUCUUCCCUCAGUUGACUGGAGUGCUCACGCUGGCCUUUUUCAUUCACAACUGUAUCAUCACCUUAAUGAAGAACAACAGGGACCAGAAGAAAAAUGUACGAGACCUGUCCCUGGCUUACCUGCUGGUGGGGCUCACCUACCUGUAUGUGGGAGUUCUCAUCUACGCGGCGUUCCCUUCCCCGCCAUUGUCGAAAGACUGCAUCGAGCCGAACUUCCUGGACAACUUUCCCAGCAGUGAUAUAUGGGUGUUUGUUGCACGGACUUGCCUGUUCUUCCAGAUGACAACUGUUUACCCGUUGCUUGGAUACCUUGUUCGAGUGCAGGUCAUGGGACAGAUGUUUGGGAAACCCUACCCUGGUUUCUUCCAUGUGCUUCUUCUGAACGUCAUCAUUGUGGCAGCUGGGGUGCUCGUGGCCAGGUUCUACCCCAACAUUGGCUCCAUUAUCCGGUACUCGGGGGCAACUUGUGGUCUGGCCCUGGUGUUUUUCCUCCCUUCCGCUGUGCACAUGGUGUCGCUCCGCCGUGCAGGGGAGCUGCGCUGGCCCUCGAUCCUUUUCCACAGUCUACUGAUCCUGCUAGGUGUUGCCAACCUGCUGGGGCAGUUCUUGAUGUGAUCAUCUGCUUCGCCUCCCAUGAUGGGCUGGAGAACUGCACACGUGAGGGAUGGGGGGCUCUCUGUCAAAAGGACAUUAAGGCCGCAGAUUUGAAAUGCUGUGUCGGGGGAAAAAAACUAGACGAUAUUCCAACAGGCAAGCCUCUGAAGGAGCCGUCCGCAUUCCCUUGUGGUGAAUUUGCAGGUGAUCAAAUGUCUGUAUUUAUAUGGCUGUAGUUUGUGACUGACAUUACUAUUUAAAGCUCUCAGUAGUUCCAGUAUAUACACCAGCAUGCCAAUGCCUGUGACCCAUAAAUGU